AUGGAGCUGGCUCCUCUCCUCCUCCUCCUCGGCUUGCUGUGGGGCUGCAGUGGGCGACCCGCUAACAAGCUGGUGGUGAUGCCGCAGGAGCCAGUGGUGCGGUACGGGGGCUCGGUGCAGCUGAACUGCUCCCUGGCCUGCACGGGGGGCGCGGUGCAGUGGAAGGGGCUGGACACCAACCUGGGGAGCAUCACCUCCUUCCCCACCCACAGUAUCCUGCACGUCAGCAGUGCCGUGGUCGCCACGGCGGGCACCAAGAUCUGCCAGGGGACCUGCCACGGGCAGCACUACCAGGACAGCGUCAACCUGAAGGUCUAUGCCCUCCCGGACACGCUGCAGCUGGAGGCGACCCCCCGCGACCUGGAGCCGGGGCAGCCCGCCAGCCUGCACUGCUCGGCCCAGCGAGUGUACCCACUCAUGGGGCUGGUGGUGAAGUGGUACUGGGGGGACCAAGUGCUGGAGGAGGAAGACUUCGAUGUCACAGAGACCGACGAGGAGCUGUUUGACAUUGUGUCCACACUGUCGGUGGCUGGGAAGGAGGUGGAAGAAGGGAUGGAGUUCAGGUGCGAGGUGACGCUGAGCGUCGGACAGGAGACCUUCACCCAGGUGGCAUCUGUGACCGUGAGCGCUGGGGCCGUGACAGAGCAGCCGGUGGCCAUGGCCACCUCGACGAGGAGCCCCAGCACAGCCGGGCCUGUGACCACCACAGCGCUGUCCCCAGCGCCAAGCAUCCCCACAGAUGAUCCCACCACAGCCCUGACCACCCGACUGUGGGAGCCUGACUCUGAGACCAUCCUGGAGCCGGCUGCUGCCACCGAACCCCCCUCCACAGAGCACCCUGCUCCUGGCGACCUCAUUGCAGGCAGUACCACGGUGCGUCCGGCCACCACCACGUUCCCUGGCUUCGGCACAAAGGGGACAGGGCUGUCCACGGGGACGGUGCCCACCUGCAGCCUGCGGAUCUGGUCGCUGCCUCCCAAUGGGAUGCGGGGCAGGGCCCUGAGCAUCGAGUGCCACGCGCGGUGCGCUGGGAACGCCACUGUCCGCUGGUUGCGGACCCCCGUGAACCUCUCGCAGUACCGGGAGGAGGCAGCGGGCAGUGGCUCCACGCUGCGCCUGGACCGCGCCGAGCCCCAGCACCAGGGCCACUACCAGUGCAUCCUGCUCGGCCACCGCUCCCAGGCGGUCAGCCUGCAGCUGAUGGUUUUGGAUGAUCCGUUCAGCAUGGGCCCUGCCAUUGCCGUGGGGACCACGAUCUCGCUGUUGGGACUGAUCGUGACUGGCAUCAUGUCUCAUUGCAAGUGGAAACGAUUCAGAUCUCAGUACAAGCUGUCCUAG